UGCCUCUCAAGUCUUUCACGCACGGUCGAGGUUGACGUCGCAUCGUUGUCAUCAUCAUAUAUCCUCAUCAUCUUUCUUGUUUUUUCUUGAACCUUUUUUUUUACAAUGAGUCUAUGAGAUGUUGAAGAAUUUUAGGAGAUGACGUCAUGGGAGUUUCAGCUGGGAUUUGUUUUGUAUAGAGCUAGAGAGAGUACACCGAUACACGUAUUCGAAAGUGAGUCACCGUAUCAUUUUAUCGUUUUGUGAUUUUUAUCGUACAAAUUGAAAGCUUGCAAGCCAAACAUCCAAAAAUGACAUGCAGAGCGUUGUAAUGUAGAAGUACAGUUUGUUCAUUUCUUAGUAUUAAUCGGUUGGCUGAUCAAAAGAUAAAAAGGAGAUAAACCUUCACGGCGCAAAGUCUACCCAAUUAAAGGCAAAGACUUCUCACGCCUCUGCAGCUGCAGACAAUACACGCAACUCAACAACACAUCAAUGCACGGAAAAGACGUCGGAGAAAAAAAGUUCGGAAUGAGUACCGUAGUCCAACGUAUUGACAACCGACGUGGGGAAUCAGAUUGUGAACUUCUUUUACCGGUAGGACCCGAUUUCAGCGACAUCCGUCGCAAUGAGAAAAUACUUGAUUUAGAAUCGAGUGAUGAGUAUGUCGCGAAUGUGAACGUUCAUGUUGAGAAUAGGAUAGAACCCCCUCAUUUGCAUGGUCUUCCAGAUGUAAUUUUUGAACCGAACACGGCCACACUCGAUAACUCCAUGACAAGUUCUCCCGCCGGACACAGCCGGCGAGAAAGAGAGAACGAACCUCUUUUGCAGCCGGUGCGGAGUAGGAGUAGGAACUCGUCAUCUUUGGAGGAUUUCAACACAUUUUCAGAUGACCCAGAAUUUACUGGUAUUGUUCGAGAGGCAGAGCAAGCCAUUCUCCAUGGAAUUUACCCAGAAAGAAUAUCGCAAGGAUCAAGUGGAAGUUAUUUUGUCAAGAGUUACACUGGGAAGGUGAUAGGUGUCUUCAAGCCCAAGAGUGAGGAACCAUAUGGUCAGUUGAACCCCAAGUGGACAAAAUGGCUGCAGAAGACUUGCUUCCCUUGCUGUUUUGGCAGAGGAUGUCUCCUACCAAACCAAGGAUAUUUAUCGGAGGCUGGAGCUUACUUAGUUGAUAGGAAAUUAGGCCUCGAUGUAGUUCCCAAAACAAGGGUUGUAAAAUUAGCUAGUGAAACUUUCAACUAUUCUCCCAUCGAUAGAGCAAAAGCCAAGACAAAGAAAUUCACCUUGGAAAAGUUUGAAGCCAUUGGUAGGAGAUUCAAUCGUAUUGGGCUACCACCAAAGGUUGGAUCGUUCCAGCUCUUUGUCAAAGGUUUCAAGGAUGCAGACUUUUGGUUAAGACGGUUUGAAGGAGAGGACCUCCCGGAGUCAACAUCCAAACAAUUCCAGCUUCAGUUUGAAAGACUUGUUGUCUUAGAUUACAUCAUUAGAAACACAGAUAGGGGCAACGACAACUGGCUGAUUAAAUAUGAGAAGACAGGGCUGGAAGAGGACCAGCAGCUGCAGCAGGGCCUUGAAGAGUCUGGUGAGGAAUGGGGUAUGGUAACACCACCGGUCACUCACGUAGCAGCGAUAGAUAAUGGAUUAGCGUUCCCAUUCAAACAUCCAGAUGAAUGGAGGACAUAUCCAUACCACUGGGCCUGGCUACCUCAGGCAAAGAAAGCAUUUUCAAAGGAGACGGUUGACCAUGUACUACCCAAAAUAAGUGAUAUGAAUUUUAUCGAAGAACUCUGUACAGAGCUCUACCAGCUUUUCAGCGAGGAUAAGGGCUUUGAUAAACACAUGUAUGAGAAACAGAUGGCUGUAAUGCGUGGGCAGGUGCUGAACCUGGGCCAGGCGAUGAGGGACGACAAGUCCCCCGUACAGUUGGUCCAGAUGCCCCUCAUCACCGUGGAGAAGAAUAAGCAGGACGGGAGCAGCGGCCCGGGGCGCAUCCGUCACCAUAGCGACUCCUUCACACAAAGCUUCCAUUCAAAGAUGCCCUUCUUCAGCUGUUGUUGAUGACGGCUGAUGGUUAGUUAACUAGGAUCACAUAUAUUUAAGAGAAAUGUACUUUAAGGCAAGUUCUGUAGCUAUGGUUAUCAUUGUGGAGUUGUGCAAAAAAGGUAUUAGAUGUAUCUUGCAAUCCAAACAUGACUCUAAUGAGAGAGAUGCAGUGAAGAGUAUCGACUCUUUCCUUGAGAUCCUUUGAGUCAUGAAAAUUCUGAAGGUGAGUGAGAUGAGUGGUAUAAUACAUGCAUCUAUUACAAUUAAGCUUUAAUGGAUGGGACAUUCCUUUACAGGAUUGUAAAGUUCAUGUAUUGUCAACCAUAAACAAGCAUUUGAAGAUUUGAUUGAUUGUCAUGAAUUUUGAAAAUAAGCCACUUAAUCUUCUCUUUUGCCAAUCUGACUGUACUGACUCUUUGUAGUGGAAGAGAGUUUGACCUUGAUCCCAUACGGUCUCAUAAUUUGAACUUGUGUUUUUACUUCAAAAGUUUUUCCGCCAUGGAAAAAUUUGAUAAACAAGUGAUGACAAUGACCAUUUAUCUCGUGCUAAUACACAGGAGUCUCAUGCUGUGAUAUUGUGGCAUUCAAUUUAUUGAAACUACAUGUCAGGAGAGUUUUUAUUUGAAACUGUGCCCUCAUUGUUGAGUGAAAAACAUAAUUGCUGGUGAUUGGAUAUGCAGUAUGAACCUAGUAAUUGGAAGAUGCAAAUUGCUCACAAGUAUAACUUAAAAAAUAUACCAUCUUUAUAGGGAGAUUAUCCUUACUACAUAUUUAUAGUUUGGACUCCUUACCUGGGUCAAUCAGCAUUCUAAAUCCUGUGGUAAAUUUGACCACGGUUUUGGGGCUUGACUGUCAAGCUGAUGAGUGAAUCUUUAAGAGGGUAGCAAUAAUCCUAUACAUGGAGUCACUUUUCUGACAAAUCAUAUACAUUUGACAAAAUCAUGUACAUUUCUAUGUUUGAAAAUAGAAUUUAGCAGAUUCAGCAGAGAUGUUGCUUCAUAUAGCAUGCUAACAGAGUCUUGAGAGCUAGAGUAGACUAAAGCUGCUUUCAUUUAAUACCAGUGAAUCUGAGAGAUGUUGCAGUCAACCUCUGGACAGGUAGAAGAUACUUUAAAAUACUGUAGAAACUUGAUUGAUGUAGUUAAACUGCUGUAGACGUUUUGCUCCUGUUGCCUUUUAUCUGCUGUUAGGAGACAAAAGACCAAGGCCCGUAUCCUGAACUCGGGUUUAAAUUAAACACUGGUUUAAAGUUGUGGUUUAACUAUGGAGAGCCAAUUGGGGCACAAAUCCCUAAUAGUACACAUCCAAUUUAGUAACUCAUUUGACACUCAAAUUGUCCAUAAUUGUCUGUGAAUGAUAUCUGAGGUAUUUGCUUCAUUAUGAAAGCAACAGGAAACAAAAUGAUAAACAUAAGAAAUAUACAAUAUAAACAGAAUUUUUGAAUUUUGGCUCCCCAUAAUUUUGGUACAGAGUAAAACCGUGAUCUAAGUUAAACCUGACUUCAGAAUAUGGGCCCAAGACCUUUGCAUGUUUGAAUGGUGGCCUUGAUUUGUGUUUUUGUACUUUGGGUAUUGAUAAAAAUACAUGUAUGAGGAUCAAAUAUCUGUGUUUGAUUUGUCUUGUUAUACUGUAAUGCCUAGAUGAAAGAAGGGAGUUAAACAAGUCAAGCAUCAAUUCACAAAAUGUUAAUAUGAAGGUAAUUAUGUACUUUGAAUCAAAAGUGAUUUGUAAGUUGUAUGUUUUUUAAUUGAUUAAUUAGUUAAACUUUGAGAGAGGUAAAAAUAAAUCCAUAUCUGCUGUGGAUAGUGACCAGAUGAAUAUGAAAUUUAAAGGGGAAGUUCACUCUGACAUAAAGUUAAGUUGUACAAAUAGCAGAAAAAUAAAUAAAAAAUAUUGCCGAAGGUGUGAGAAAAUAUCCAUCAAAGUUAUUAGAAUUUUAAUUAUUUGAUUUGUGACGUCAUAUGCGAUCAGCAUUCCUACAUAGCGAAUGGUAAAAAAAUCAAUGAAUUGUCUCAGAAAAUUGAAUAUGGUUUUACUGUACCUUCAGUAUAUAAAUAGACAAAUCAACCGUUUCUAAAAAGAAAACAAAAAUAAGUAAUCACGAAUCAUCAAAAAAUUGUAAUUUAUGCAUUUAUAUGGGGCGGCUACUCGCUUAUGACGUCACAAAUCCAAAAAUCCAAAUCUUAAUUUUUUAUGGAUUUUCCUCAAACCUUCACCAAUAUCUUUUAUUAUAUUUCAUGCUAUUUUUACAACAAACUUUUCUUCAGGGUGAACUUCAUCUUUAAAUUCACACCUUGUGAUUUUGAAUCUAAAGCUAAGACUUAAAGUUCAAUGCUCUGAGAUUUAGAAAUACAUGCUUAGGAUUCAAAAUUUCUGGCUGGACACUAUUCCUAGUCGAUCUACAUUUAUUUUAAAUCCUAGAAAUUCACACUUUACUAAUCCAGUUACUGGUAUUCAUUAUAUGCAUCAUUUUUUCUCUUAAAAUAAUAUCAAUAAUAGAGUGAUCUGAAUAGAGUUUCGUGACUCCAAAUCAAGCCAGAGCUAUCAAUUGUUUUUAAUAUUUUAAUAUCAAAUUCUGUAAAGUGACAUUUAUGAAGUCUUGGCUGUACUAUAACACUAAUGUCUGCAAUCAGUUUUAAAUUUGCAUUGGCCAAUUACAUUCAUUGUUACAUGUGCAGUUUGUACAAAAGACUGUCCAAAACCAAUCAGAGUUCCUUUUUCAAAUUGAAAUGAGUCAUUGGUUUUGGGUUAAUGGGGAUCAGAUGUUUAAAGUUCAGGUGGUAGUUUGCAUUUAUAUGUAAGCAGUUUAUUUAACAUCGAUCAUAAAAUAGUUGGUUUGUAGAAGCAUAACAUCUUAUGUCUGUUUCUUUGCUACUUUAUGAGGGAAAUGCUUUUAAU